AUGAAGAAAUGGAAGUCGAAAGCCACCAACCAAGGUGAUCAACUUCUUCCUCAGAUUACAAUGGUCAAGCCCUCUUUUUCUUUGCUCUCACUCGCCUGCCUUGUUGGAGCUUUUGCUCUUCCUCAGGCCGCUGAGGCCCCGGAAAAGGCCUCUAUCAGGUUUGAGCCUGGACCUGGGCUUCCUACGCUCGAAGAGCUGGGACUCACGAUCGAUGACCUACUCAAGCCCAUCCCUGAGGAGACUCUUGCAAAUAUUACUGCGGAGUACACUGCCAUGGAUACCUCCGAGGGGUCGAGCCUCGUCAAGCGUUUCGAUCCAGUAUGCCACUCUGGAUAUGUUAACGUCAAUGACGCCCUCGGCUGCUACAACUACCUUAACGCCUUGGGAACCACCGCUUGCACUGUCCACAACUCUGGUUCAGUUUGGGGUUCAACUACCCGUAUGUGCGUUUUUGGACAAGCACAAGUCCAGGGAUUGUGUUUCCCACCCAAUUGCCCUGCUACUUCCUGGUGCCAACAUGUUGCGCAUGGCGUUGCUUGGACGAUUGCUAACUGUAAUGUCAAUGGUCAAGUUGCAGGUCGACAAGCUGCUUGGGGCAAUGGACACUUGAUCGCCAUUACUUCGCACUUAUAG